UUAUGAGGCCGAGACUGGUGAUGACUCUGUGUCUGGGCAUAGAGAAGAGCAGCCGCUUGUUGAAGAUAUUGCUAGCUCGGUUCAGAGGUCAGCCUCUGGUGAGUUUAUGAGAAAGCGCGAAGGAGCGGGUGAUUCGGAGUCUGUGUUGGACAAGGAUGAGGCGCAGUCUAAGACUGGUUCCUCCAGUGCUGGGAAAGAAAUUGUACAGGAUUGUGAGAUCUCAAAGGUGUCCGAAGGUUCUUGUAGCUUGAGUGCUGGAUCAGGGGAGAUGAUAGGUAGGAACGGUGGUAAUGGUGGAGAGAACGAGAGCCAGAAUGCUGUCGAAGAUGCACCUAUCCAUCAACAUGGUGAAGAUGCACCUAUCCAUAAGCAUUGUGAUGCUUAUGAAUCCUUCACGGAGAGUGGUAUUGAUUUGGCAACGCUGUGUAAGUUUGAGAAGGUGCCUACGAGGAUGCGCUCUUCUCUGACUGCUAAAAACACCAAGCUGCAUUUGAGUCAGAAUAUCAAGGAAACCUCUCGUAAUCCUGGACUCCUAGAAGAAGAUCAAGCAUGUGAGACUCGAGGCCAAUCAUCUGGAAAAGCUGAUAGUACUGGGGAUGGAACUUUCAACGACCAAGUUGAAGAUUUGCCUGUUGAGAACAGUAAAUGUCCUAGGUCUAAUUCUUUCCCCAAUAGGGAAAACAAGGAGAAAGAUUCAGAAUUAGAAUUGCCUAAUAUCCAUAGAUCAUAUUCGAUGGGGAAAGGAGGCGAGAAGCGAGCUAAUGAAGGCAGUAGUGACAUGGAGGAGGGAGCAAAAAGACAGAAAAAUUGGGUGUCUUUGCCAGUUUCUGAAGGCUUCAACGCAUUCAAAGCAAGCGAAAUCCAAAGCGACGAGGAAGAAGAAGAAAAGCCAAUCUCAUUCUACAUGAGGCUGAUCGACGUUGGUACUGGAAAAACAGACAACCGUGAAAGUCUGGCUAAUAAAGGCAAUGAUAGUAUACAGAGCGGAAAAUCAGGACAUGGGUAUGCAGAAGAGCAUCAGCUGUUUCCUGCUUCGUUUAAGAUGUGCGACCUAAAUCUAGGGGGAGCAUCGAAUGGGAAUGAUGGCAAAAGAGAACCUGGUCAAGCUGUUGGUUUUGAUCUAUCGAUCAGCAGUUCUAGCAAGCCUAUUGAUUUCAGUACUAAUACUAGGAUGAGCAAUGGUAAAGAGAUAGAAGUGAUUGAUUUGGACAAUGAUGAUUCCCCAGAAGUGGUCAAGUCAGGGAGAAAGCAAGAAGCUGGUCCAUAUAUGGGCAUUGAUGAUGUUCCAGACUACAAUGAAGGGCUGAUGAUGGUUGAGUAUCUUGAUUCAUUUGGAAACAUUCCUCCAAUAAACCCGGGAGUUAGUACUACUGUGCCACAGAACAACGACAUUGCUCUUCAAGACCAACGAGAGGGAGCUCUUGUAAAUGAGCAAGCAGCAAAUAAUACAGACGACGAUUCGAUAUUCAUGUCGCUGGGAGAAAUACCAUUGACAUUCUUGCAAACUUGGGACCAACCUCCGGCUAGAGGCUACGAGAAGCCUUUCUGAUUCGCUUUUUCUUUUUGUGUUACUAGUUAUCAUUAUUAUUAUGAUAUACAUGUCUGUGUACUUGAGUGUGUAGCCUUUGCAUUUGUCCUAAUCCGUCUCAAGAUGUAAAAGAUUAAGAACGACAUUAGUGUGUGUGUUUAUGGUUGUGGCCU